AUGACCAAGACAGCCACCAUUUCGAAUGCGUUGUCGUCACCUCCCUCGACUACCCCUGCGGCAUCGUUCGUACGGAUGCGGCGAUGGAUGAGAAUACUCGGCAUUGGUGUUUGUAUCUAUUUGGCACAUCCAUGGGGUGGACAGCCACAAGAACAACGACAGCAGCAGCAGCAAGAAGAAGCUACAGUGCAAGUCAAAACGGAAGAACCAGUCAAGACCAACCCACCCACUGUCAGUCCAGUGACGCCCAUCCUACCAGAAGAAACUAAUAACAACCAACCAAAGCCACCAGAGGAACCAGUUAUACCCGAGCCUCCUCCUCCAGCCGAAGUGCAAAAUGAACCUCAACAAUCCAAUCUACGAAAGUCCAAUCCCGAAGAAGAUACCCCCAAAGAGGACCCUGCCAACACAGUCAGCAGUGAGAAUACGGUUGAUCAACCCAUCCAACAGCAGCAGCAGCAAGAUAUCAGACCUCAGGAGGUGACAACAACCAACAAUAAUGACAACAACAAUAUGCAAGUAAACUUUCAUCCCAAUCCUGCCUUGGGAGAACAACAACAAACCUAUGUCUUUCCACUGGAUGGAUCACCCGACCGAAUGACAAAAAACCGUGUCAUGAUGGCAUUUCCAGAAAACAAGGAACAAGAUGCCGGUUGGCAGGCCGCAUUUGGGGAGCACAUGACACCGUGUCCCGUGACAUCUCUGAUUCGAGUAUAUCGCAGCGAUUUGAUUACUCUGACGGAAUCGCUAUGGACCUUGGAAACGUUGGAUUCCAAACGCAGACCCAAAGCCGUGGGGGGAGACGAAUAUUACAUUACUUACACGGCAGAAGGACAUACAGAACCCACUGCCAUUGCUUACAUUCAUGAUUGGAACAAUGGCAACUAUUCCUUUCAUUUUGUCAGUUCUCCCACGGCACCGGAGCAACAAAAUCUACAAGAUUUGGCCGAACGAUCCACUGGAACCCUCACCGUGGUGCUGGAGCAAUCGUGUGGAAUGGGACGGUUGGCGCCACCCCUCAAACAAUACUGGCAUACAUCGGGCGCCAUUAAUCAAGUGUACAAACUCGACGGGAUUCCAGCACCCAAACACAUUCAACGAUUCCAAUUUCCCAAUCAGGAUCGGCGCAUCAAUUUGGGGCAGUACCAUCAAGUCGUGAUGAUGGGCGAUUCCAUGUUUGGACAAUUUGCCUGUGGUGACCCUGCUCCCGAUGAUCCCCCUUUUAAAUGUAGGGCCUUUCAAUCUAACGUGUUUCGAGGAAAACAGAUUGAAGCGGCAUUGCAAACGGAAACCAUGACGAGACCCUUUUUCGUGAGAACCCAUGAAGAUUUACUAGAUGCCAAUGACAUUGCCUUGAAAAAGGUACAGCAAGCCUUGGUGGAACGAUCCCGACUAAAGGGUACCAUGCGAAAAGGAGAAUUGUUCCCUCGUGAUGGCCGAGGCCAAAUCAUGUUUAGCUUUAAUCAUUUACGGACCAUUCAGGGAUUGCCAGAAAUUAUCCCCACGACGAAUGAAAUCAAAGAACAACUCCAUAUUGCCUUGGUCAUUGGCAGUGGUGUAUGGGAUAUCUUGGCGGACGAUGAAGGAGCGGGAGGACAGGACUUUUCCAGUCAUUUGGUGGCAUGUGAGCAGCUCAUUUUGUCUAUUCGAGAAACAUACCCCCGGGUGGCGCUAUAUUGGAAGUCAAUGACGGCGAUGCACAUACACGCAGUCGCCAAUGAAGAGAAUGGGCAAGAUUGGAUCUACAUUAGACGUGUCUAUUACAUGAGCAAUUCAAGGGCACGUCAUUUGGAUGAGUUGCAAAAGGCACUCAUGAAAAAACUCAACGUCCAAGUGCUCGACGUUUUUGAUGCUACCUACUAUGGCGCACACAAAGCGCGAACGGGAGAUGGAAGACACUACAAGGCGGACUUCAAUGAACGAAUGUUGAGUUGGUUUUAUACUAACUAG